GAAUAUAAUAAUUUGAAUAUUGCUGAACAUUAACGAGUUUUUUCGAAUUGUUAACUAUGAUAACGACUAUUACAUAGUGAAAUAACACAUGACAUCGUCUUUAUCAUAGUAAAAUAAACUCGACUAUCCUCAGAAGCAAUCCAAUCUCUUUUUCCUCCUUCCUCUACUAAAUUUUUCCCACAUGUAAAAUGACCUCCCAUAACCCACGCUCUCCCCACGGAAAUUGUGACAAAUCCCUCCCUCAGUCCCGAGAAGCCCAAAAUGUCCCGAACUUUCUCAUCAAAAGCCCCGAGAUCAUCGUAACCCGGCGAAGCCCAAACCUAGAAUUCAUCCCCAGUAGAAACAACCCCGUGAAAGCGGUAAGCGCGAGGCCGGCAGGGAUGACAGAGGGUUGAAGUUAUGACGUCAUACGGCAGAGGGUUGCCCGGGCAACGGUUGGCGUUGCGCCGAUGUGACGCACAGUGUCGCCACCGGCGCUCUGCCUUUCCUCCCGUAAAAAUCAAUUUGAGUCUAGGUAUAACGUCCGCGUUGCGUGGCUCGUACGGGCUGAGCCGCGCCGCCAAGGAACACACAGGGGCCAGGUGAAGUCGGGUGGGUAUAACCCAACUCGCACACACGCUUCAAUUGAAACAGCCGGGCCACGCCACCUCUCCCUCUCUCCCGCCCUCUACCAACUUUAGUUCGUAUGUCACGAGCUUGAAUACCCACCGAAUCCAAUGUAAAGAGAUACUGCCAGUCGUGAGUGACCGUUUCGAUCGAGUGGUGUAGCUCGACCGGUUCGCGAAUAAUUUAAGAAAACUCCUCAACUCCGAGACUAAGAAGAAAAUACGAGUGAGAGAAGCCAAAUAACGGAUAACCGCUUGAAUUUUCCAAGUUCACUUGGAGUUUUAGUCAUCCCCAACUCGAUGGUACAAAGGAAUGAAGCUGGCCAGUGAGAAAAGGUCCAGGGGCUCGUGAAGGGUGGCACAGCAGGGAGAAAAAAAGCAUAAAAAAACGGAAUGAGGGGCAUGUACACUGGCAGGGAGGCGAUCCAACGCGCGCGCUCGCUUGUCCACCUCUUUUCGGCGUCAGUGUGAUUUGCCACGAGCGAGGGAGAGCAUUGCGAGGCGUCGAGCAGUGGAAACCGGCGACGCUGCUGAGAGCUCAUCACAAACCUAACCCUAUCAGCGUCACUCAGCUGAUCAAAAUUGUUGAUAAUUCGAGUUUAUUUUUUUAGUGAAUAAUUAUUAAUGGAACAGUCUCGGUUAGGGCAGUGUCUGUAUCGCGUGUUGGGGGGUGUUAUCGAUGAGGUGACUCAGGGUGACUGUGACAAACGUUGAUUCAACGAGUCGGUAGUAUUGAAAUGAUGAGAAAAUAAAUAAACUGGGCUUUAUUUGUGUUACGUUGGACUGGCUAAAUUUGGAUUGGUACGGACCAGUGCGAGUAGUGUCGAGUCUCGUGUGAGAGAAACAAGUGGUUAACAAUGACUGAGAAUCAUCACACUGUACCAGGAACGUCGAGUGCUACUUGAGGAGGCCCUUCAGGAACAAGUGAUGCCGAACGUUAGCCGAGAGCAAUUGUAGCGAGAGAAAUAACUGAAAAAAAUCUUUUUCCACCGCAGCCCCUUUUUGGAGGCUCGAGUCCCUCCAGAUUGAUACUUUCAUAUCGGUAAAACCAUCAAUGAACCCUCGACCAAUCCCCCUCAAAACAUAAAAGGCUCAUAAACAAGUGAGUGAUGACUUUUGUGAAGACCAGGUAGAGAGCUGAGCCAUUGGAAAAAAAAUUCGACAGACUGUUACAUACGUGAAAAAAGUGUUGGCGAGGGGGGAGGGAGAGGGUGGGCUAUCGAUGAUGGUGAAGGGCAGCGUGCCAAGACGGUAUUUGUCCGGUCACCGUUUCCCUUCUGUGUACAAAGUUUAUCUCAUUCUCGAGGUUGGGGUCUUAGCCUCGUAGAAAAAAAAUCAACAUAAACAGAGAAAAUUAGAUAGGUUUGAAGUGAAUUAACUGUUUACCUAUCCAGAGAAUGAUUAACAAUGUCAUCGCCAUCAUCACUCGUAGUAGUUGUCGUUAUCGGCUGUACUACGAGAGGCAGCAUGCAAGAACGAAAUACAAGGUGCAGAGCACGUGCUGCAGGUUGGAGGAAGGCUCGACAAAUCGACAACUGAUGCAUCAAUACUGAAGCAAAUAACUCCCAUUUAUCAUAACCACAAUUGCAAUUUUCAUAUGAAAAUAAUUGUGAUGAAUAAGUGUACAACAGCACCAGUGUACAGGUAAAAUUGCCGAAGGACAGAAAAUUUGACUGAUAAGUAACUAAAGAGAUAAGAGUGACGAGAUUGAACAGAGGUAGAUCUUUGAUCAAUCGUUAUUCCACCGUCAAACAUGGCCUCGGUGGCAGCCUGGCUGCCGUUUGCACGGGCGGCGGCAAUCGGUUGGGUGCCGAUCGCCACUCAUCCAUUACCACCACCGCCAAUACCUAAAGAUCGACGUAAAGCUGACGAUGAGAAGCUCCAGAUUAACGUCAGCGGUCGUCGCUUUGAAACUUGGAGGAACACGCUCGAGAAGUACCCCGAUACACUGCUGGGCUCGAAUGAACGUGAAUUUUUUUACGACGAGGACAGCAAGGAGUACUUCUUCGAUCGGGAUCCAGACAUAUUUCGUCAUAUAUUGAAUUACUAUAGGACCGGUAAACUCCAUUAUCCAAAGCACGAGUGUCUGACGAGUUAUGACGAGGAGCUUGCAUUUUUCGGAAUUUUACCUGACGUUAUUGGUGAUUGUUGUUACGAGGAUUAUCGGGAUAGAAAGAGGGAGAAUGCUGAGAGAUUGAUGGACGAUAAAUUGAGUGAAAAUGGCGAUCAGAAUUUACAAAAAUUGACCGACAUGAGGGAAAAAAUGUGGCGGGCAUUUCAAAAUCCUCAUAUAUCAACGGCAGCACUUGUAUUUUAUUACGUUACUGGUUUCUUCAUUGCUGUCAGUGUAUUAGCCAAUGUUGUGGAGACUGUACCGUGUGGAACACGUCCGGGACGAGCUGGUACACUGUCGUGCGGCGAGAGAUAUAAAAUUGUAUUCUUCUGUCUUGAUACAGCGUGCGUUAUGAUAUUUACCGCUGAGUAUUUGUUGCGACUUUUUGCCGCACCAAGUAGAUGUAAAUUCGCCCGCUCCGUUAUGUCAAUAAUUGAUGUUGUCGCUAUAUUGCCGUAUUACAUUGGCCUUGGUAUAACUGACAACGACGAUGUGUCCGGGGCCUUUGUCACCCUCAGGGUCUUUCGUGUUUUCCGUAUAUUCAAGUUUUCACGGCACUCCCAGGGCUUGAGAAUUCUCGGCUAUACACUCAAAUCAUGUGCAUCGGAACUUGGUUUUCUCGUUUUUUCACUGGCUAUGGCGAUUAUAAUAUUUGCCACUGUCAUGUUCUACGCUGAGAAGAAUGUCGAGGGGACCAACUUUACGUCUAUUCCGGCUGCUUUUUGGUACACCAUCGUCACUAUGACCACUUUGGGAUAUGGUGACAUGGUGCCGGAAACCAUCGCUGGAAAAGUGGUGGGUGGAGUUUGCUCGUUGAGCGGAGUGCUGGUGAUAGCCCUCCCUGUGCCUGUCAUUGUCAGUAACUUCAGUCGUAUUUAUCAUCAGAAUCAACGGGCAGACAAGAGAAAGGCGCAGAGGAAAGCGCGACUCGCGAGGAUUAGAAUCGCCAAAGCAUCGAGUGGUGCAGCUUUUGUCAGCAAAAAGAAAGCAGCAGAGGCGAGAAUUGCAGCUGCGGAGAGUGGAAUGCCAACAGACGAUUACAAAGAGGAAGACAUAUUCGAAUUGCAGCAUCAUCAUCUUCUCCGGUGUCUGGAGAAAACAACGGACCGUGAGUUUGUGGAGAUGGAAGUGCCCUACAAUGGAGCACCAAAGCGUCCAGGUUCACCAUCACCACUGACAUCACCAGCCCACAGUACAGCAUCACGCGGUGGACUCCUGCAGUCAUGCUGCGGUCGUUGUUAUCCUCAGCGUUAUCAGAGCCUUUCGUAUCAGCUCACAUCGAACGAGAACAAGGAUAGAGUGGUGCUAGUGUACGGUGAUCGCAUACAAGUGCGAAAAAAGGACCUUAAGAAGCGCGGUUCCCACACCUGCGACAUGCAGGCCCUACAGCCACUUCCGGUCCCCACCACCAACACCACUACGCCUGCUAUGACAACUUCCGGUGGGCAGCCACCGCUACCGUUAUCGGAGAGCGCUUGAGUACGAUCGAGAAUGAUCUCUUCUACACCACAAACGCGUUGAUCCACCCAGCCAACAACGAUUGUAUCGCCCUCUGGCUCGAUUGAAUGAAUCAACGGCCGUCUGGCCGAUUUUACGGAACAUUAACGAUGGAUAAUCGUCGUCAUGACGUCAUUGAUGGGCCCCUGACUGCAGGAAGGCCAUCAAUAGUGUGGAAAGUGGGCUCGACGAAGUCCCAAGAGAUCAUCCGAAUCGAUACACCAUUGGAAAUUAAUAGAAACGAUUAGCCUAAUACGGUUUUAUUCAACCUACCAUAGAUAACGUCGCAAUUAUCUCGAAUAAUUAGAAGAAAAGGUGGGAAGGAGAGAUGAAAAAUUCAUUUGUAUUCGCUUAAUUAAUAAUAAUGAUUAAAUUAAAAAUACCCUCGUUCUUUCAGACGACAAAAAACACGAGGCAUGAAAUCAUUGCCACAAUACUGCAAAUUCUAAUUAAUAAAUUUGAAAUAUUUGAUCAUAGGUUCAUGUGCGUUUCAAAGCCAAUCUCAAUGCGAUGUCGUUCAUAAUUAAAUUGAAUAAAUAAACCAAAUUAAUUAAUUCUUAACGAAUAACUGAAACUUGCCGAUGAUCUAGGUGACGUAAUUUCUUUUGUAAAUAAUCUUGUAAUGAUGAAACUAGUUCCAUACUUAGAAAUAAUUGUUUAAUUAAUUGCUCAGUUGAUUAAUUAAACCUGUAAUUUUCAUGUAAUUAUCCGUCGAGCCAGACGCACUCGUUAGAAAUAAAACGAUAAAGGUAUUGUAAAAAGAAGGGAAAAAAGCGAUUCGGGAGAUUAAAAAAAGUAUUUAAUUGAAUACUCAUACUAUGAAAUUAGAAAUACGAAUGAAUUCUAAAUAAUUCCAAUGAUUAUGAAGAAGCCAAAUAUUGCAGAGUGAGAAUAAACUCUGGAUAAUGUGGGAUUGAGUGAGGAAGACUUGAAAAGUGUCCGGGUGAAUAUUUAGUUUAAUUAAUUGAUUGGUGGAGUGGUAGAACGUAAUAAGUUGUAAAUAUAACUUUUGUUAAUUAAGGGCAGAAUUCUAUUGCUAGGCAUUUUUAUUAUCAUAUCAAAUUGAAAUUUGAAUGUGCACAAGUCUUUUCAGAAUCCAAUUCAGUUGCUUAUGAAAAAAUAAAUUCUCUUAAAUUCAUAUCCUAAAGUCACUCAGUUUCGAAUUUGUUCAGUGUUUUUUUACUAACGGAAAAUAUUAACCAUAAACUUGUCAAGUUUUAUCAUUCCACGACUGAAUUAAUAAAAGGAAAUUAAUAAAGUUGAAAGGAUCGUUCGAAUUUAGAAAUAAAAAAAAAAUUGUCAAAAUCCGAUACACAACUAGUAAUGAAAAUGUGAGAAGCGUCCAUGUCUAGGUGCCCUGAAUCAAUAGUUAAUUGUCGAUAUAGGAAAUAAUUAAACGUUAAUGUAAGAGUUAUAACGUGCUCCAAGUACCUCGCGAUAAGCCUGUGAGACAAAAGCCGAUACUGUGGGUGGGUAGGUUUAUAUAUAGAUGUGAAAAUGACUGGGAGAGAUCGGAUGGGGAAUGGAGAGGGUUAUAUCUCAGCUAGAGGGGUGCCCUCUCAAAUCAACCGGUUGCUCCUAUACUUUUCUGAAUGAUACGCGAAUUUAGUGGAGCCACAUUUACAAAGUUCGUCCCUUCUGGUCUCUUCCACUCCGAUUUUUUUACCUUCUUUUUCACUAUUUUCCAUGGUUUUUUGGGUCAAGUGUUUCAUUGUCGUUAUCACGUGGAAGAAGAAGAAUAGAACGGCAGGCAGCAAUUAAAAAUUUUUCUCGAAUUCCAUUCGUUUUUAAAAUGAUCAAUGAUUUUAGAAUUUAAUGGGAAAUUUUAUUGAGAAUAUGGAGAAUUAUUUCCAAACUUCUUUAAAAUAUUGUCUGAUUAAUCUCUCCUUGUGCGAGAUAUUUUCAAAUCGAUAUUAAUAAAUUUUAUCGGAAGUCAGACGAAGCACACGACCCGACUCACACUGAAUAAUUCACACGACAUUCCAUUAAAAAGAAUGAGUAAUUUUUUUUUAUAAACAAGGCGAGCUGCUGGCGGAUUUCGUUCAAUUAUUAUUAGCUGUACGGCAAAAUCGCCACAAACGAUUUACGAUUAUGUAGAUAUUUUUCUCUGUGUUGUGACUGUAGACGUGUGCAAAGGGAUAAACCAAAAAUUUUGCGUAAUAGGAAAAAAAACUGAAUAUAAGAUAUUCAAUGUAAUUGAACAAAAUUAAAACAAUAAAAUGGAAUUCCACCCGCGUGCGAAUGGAUGAUUGAUGCGUUGUAUGAAAGUACCGAGGAAACGAGAGCAUGAAAAUAUUGAUAAAACGAAAUCCGAUUUCAAGUGGGCGUUCAGUUUGUCGUAUUCGGGGAUAUGAGAAGAAUAAAUAAUGAAUAAUUUAACAAAGAUAAACACGUAACGAGUCUUUCAAUUUACUACCGUACUGCCAAUAUUUUCCGAAGCAAUAUGUCUAACUUUACUCGUACGAAAUAAGACGUUCAGUUGUCGAUGCAAGUUCUCGUGAAUUCAUUUCGUUUUUUGACUCUUCGAGGAUUAAAUUCUGUUUUGAUGUUUCCAACGUGCGGAAAUUUGCAAGAGCCGGGGAAUAAAUACACGGAAUAUUCUCGGUAUUAUUACAGAGAACAUUCCACCAGUGAUCGGCAUAGAAAAAGUGGAAAACAAUUUUUUCUAUUAAAAAAUCAUUCGUACUUCACGGGUAAAUGUUUUUAACUGUAAGUAUCUUCUCGAGAAGACGUAGGAAGUGAAAAAAAUCGGUAGGUUUAGUUAACAUUUAUCCAUUUUGCGAAUUAUUAAUAAAAUUGAGUGGAUUAACUGAUACAGUUAAUCGUACUUUCGUAGAAAAAUCAAUUCAAUGAGUCCUGAUUUGUCGGGCGGACAUGUACGAGGCUCUGAAUAAUGGCAAUAAUUCUAGUCUUAGUCCUGGAAAAUUUCUGGACUCUGGAAUAGUAUUUCCUGUACGCCCAAGAAUUAAUCAAUCGUUUCUCAUAAUUUUCUACGAAUCCACCAUAAAAUUGACGCGCACACAGAAAUUUUCUGACGUCAACUGGAGAUUUUUUUCGCGUUUUCUUGUAAAAAUGAAGGAACUAAUAAUAAAAUUUUCCGCGCUGAUUUAGAACGAUAAUUCGUGUGAAAUGAAAUGAAGCUACAAGAACGAAAAUUUUCGAAUCCCCUAAAUUUAAGACAUUUGAAGGGAAUCGUCGAGGGACAUAAAUCAAUUGAUAUCCGACUUUUUCUCACCUCAAAACUCUAGGGACGAUGUUUCUUCUUCUUUUAUUUUUUGCCACAUCCUGUACUUGUCUUGUGGUCGUGGGGAAGGUAUUUGAACGUCGGAUUCCAGAUAACUCACCACUGAGCUGAAGAUAGACGACGUUAUCUGCAGAUAUAGGAGAAGAAAAGAAAUUCUGAUAUUCUCAACUCGGAACUUUUUUUCUUGAUUUUUGUACUAAUUGGGCAAUUGGGAUUUCCGCAGGGCAUAACUCAUUAGUGUUACGACUUCAUCUAUGAGUUAUAUAAUUUCUCAGGGGAAACAUCCCCAUAGAGCCAAAGACAAUUUUUGAUAAUUACCUUAACUUUCUAUAAAAGUGCGUCACGAGUUUGAUGAGACGAUCAUUCGUACAUUUUUAUAAAACGAUAGGGUACUUUGCAAGAAAAAAUUUCGUUUAUAAUUUAGCCCCAACCCAGAGUGAAAUUCUAUAAUUUUUUCCUCGAGACGAUAUCAUCUGGUCAUUUAACGCGUCGCAGGAUAAAUCGACCCAAUAAAUGUGAAGACUAUUGCUGUCAAGUCAUAGUUAUUCGUCAUUAGUGGCGGUCUAACGAAAUUAUUAUUAUAUUUUCCAAAUUGCCCAUUGAAAGCGGUGGUGAAGGUGAGGCACGCAUUCGACCACAAUUACUGAUAUCCCUCUGAAUUACUGAUCAUUAAAGUGAACGUCAUGGGCAGACUAUCAGCGUGAUGGAUAACUUCGUACCCCACAGGGACGUGAUCUCAUUAAGGAAACAUUUCUACUCGUGCUGAAUCCUUGAAGUAAGGACUUGCAAGGAUCCGGCUUUUAGUUAAAGUUUCAUUGAUAAUUCGAUUCUGCCCAGUGGAACAUGCUAUUUUUAUUUACCAUUGUUACCACGUUGUUGGUUAAUGAGGGACUGGGGGAGGAGAAUGGAUUGAUAGAUCGAUUUCGUGAGCAAUCAAUGAUGGAAAGUUCUUUGAAUUAAUAUUUGAUGUCUUUAAUCCGGAAAAAAUAGUUCUGCAGCGAAGGAGUGGGCAAAGAGGGCAAAUUUCUUGCCAAUUAUUUUCUGACUGAUGCCAAGAAGCAAUUGAUUUACCGAAUAUAAAACAAAAAUCAUCGGUUUCUGGUGUUUUUAUCUUUUUUUUAUGUCACGACUGGAUCAAUCAUUCAUACAAUACCUAUGAGUAAUAUCAGAGUGAUUUUCGCUCAGUAAAUUUCCCUAUAUUUAUUUCACUAAAAAAAGGAGACAAAAAAUAAUUAUCGAGUAAUUAAUUAAAUAAAAGUUCUUUAAAUAUCGGGAUAUCUUUCGCUCGCCUGACUCGAGGAAAAAUUCUAAAAUAGGAUCUAACUUAAUGGGAGCGGGAUAGACAAGCGUUAGCUACAAAAAUAAAACAAUUGAUUGAACCACUGAGCGAACAUAAUGUCAAUAGACCGAGAGUAAUUUAAUCGGGGUAUUUUUUCUCUUCUCCUUGCGUUUAUAAAUUCCUACCUCCUGUAGGCACACCAACCCUAAACGCCACUAGACGAAAAUCCUUGCCCGGGACAUUUUCAUUUUGCAGGAACAAAUCUCUUAACAGUUAAUUCCCUUUUCUACCUAUCUAAAUGGACAAAAUGGUUGUAUCCAAUUCCCAUGGAUAAAUAAAACUUUGAUAAUGGUAAUUACACUUGAGAGUCGUGGGAAUAAUGCUAACGGUUAUCUCGGUGAAAGUGGGAUGAGUGAAUAUCAGAGUAAAUGAUGGUGAACAUUUUAUGCUAUAUCACGAGUGCAAUUGCAAUGUAACAAAACAUUGAAAUUUAUCAUUUUAAUUUUGAUGAAACAAAGGAUUAAAAAAUGCAUUUGGAUUAAAUGAAUUUCCAUUUUCCAGACGUGAUCGUCUCCACAGUUAAUUGGCCACUCUGUGUCAUCUUUAAAAGAAUGAAAUGCCAAAUAUAAUCUAAAAUUAAUACACUUUCUGAUAAAUUUCUAGAACAUUUUUUACACUGCAGUUGACUCGUCCCGCGAUGAAAAAACUCUCCCAAUUGAUACGCCAGUUGAAAUUGUUAAUAUUCAAUUAGUCCGCGAUGUCAGAGAGUGACAAAGAGAGAGGAAGAGAGAGUGAUUAUCCGACGACCUCAAUUCUAUUUUCCGCAGUUAAUAAUCGAUAGGUGACCCUGUAGAUAAUUCAGCUGAAGAAUUAUUUUAGAAUUCUAUCUGCAAAAUAAAUAAAAUUAAAAGCCACUCUAUUCAUUCGUCAAAUUUUUUAAACGAAAUGUAUUUUUAGGAAGUAGAAAGUCCGUAAUUCGAUAAAAAUUGAAUGUAUAAAUAAUCAGGAUACUUGAAGAUAAAAGGCGCAAAAAAAAUUACUACUAAUGGCGGAUAUAAGACGUUUCCAACUCGAGAAUGAAGCGAUAACGAGAGACUAACGAGUGUGAUGUUUGCUGAGAGAGAAGGAAAUUCUAUCAAUCGUUGAAAUGUAUAAAACUGUUUUAUUAAUUUAUUUUUUUCUCUGAAUGAGCGUGAAUGAAUCUUCGAUCGUGGAUCGAUCACAAAUUGAAGGAUUGGUGACAGGUGGUAUGUGGGUGGGGCUCGGACACGAGACACAUUGCAAAUGGAACCACUUUAAUUAUUAACAAGAAUAUAUUUAUUAUUAUUAUAAUGCGAAAUCGAUAAAGAGAAAGGAUAUAUGAAAAAUAAAGUACUGUCUUUAUUCACGUU